AUGGCUGCACUUGGUAAAUUCAAGAUGAUGAAAGUCUAUGAAGCACUGAAGCAAGAGAGCAACACUGUUGAAUGGUAUCAGGUGCUGGCACAUAACUUUGCCCGGCCAAGAGCAAAAACUAUCCUUUGGUUGGCUUGUCAAGAUAGGUUACCUACUAAAACUAGAUUCAAAAAGUUUGGUAUAUUGCAGCAUUCCUUAUGUGAACUUUGCAAUAAGGCUGAUGAGGAUCGUGACCAUAUAUUGUUCGAAUGUCAGGAUUCAAAGAGCAUUUGGAGUACUGUGCUUGAUUGGAUGAAAGUGCAGGUUCCUAGCAGACUGGAUCUUACCUGGAUUUUGAGGAAAUCUAAAGGCAAGGGCUGGAAAAUGGGAAUACUUAAGGCUGUUAUAACUGAAACAUGUUAUAACAUCUGGAUGUAUAGAAAUUCAAAGAUUUUUGGUGAAGAGGGUAUAGUUAGAGAUAGACAGUUGGUAACUAGAAACAUUACAGAUACUAUUGUCUAUAGAGGGUGGAUGAAACCCAAAUAUAGGACUCAUAUAGUUAAUAACCUCAUGUAA